AUGAAUUCAUUGGAACCUAAAAAAAAUUGGAACAUUGAUGAUUUUGAUAUAGGAGGACCCCUUGGUAGAGGGAAAUAUGGGAAUGCAUUUCUCGCUAGAGAACGAAAGAGCAAAUUAAUAGUCUGUCUUAAAAUGAUCUUUAAAAAACAUAUUGUUUUAGAUGGUACUGAACAUCAGAUUAUAAGAGAGCUUGAAAUUAUGAGACAUUUAUAUCAUCCAAAUAUUAUUCAAUACUUUGGAUAUUUUCAUGAUGAAAGAAGGCUAUUUAUUAUAUUACAAUAUGCUCCUCAAGGGGAAUUAUACAAACUUCUCAAAGCAGCUAAUGGAUUUGAUGAUAUCAAAACAGCUUCAAUUAUAUCCCAAGUAGCUGCAGCCCUCAAAUACUGUCACUCCAAAAAGGUUAUACACCGAGAUAUAAAACCAGAAAAUAUUUUGAUAAUGAUGUGUGGUCAAAUUAAGUUAGCUGAUUUUGGAUGGUCUGUCCAUUCUCCUAGUUUAAAGAGAACAACUAUGUGUGGGACAUUAGAUUAUAUCUGCCCUGAAAUGGUUAAUUCCAGAGCUUACAACGAAAAAGUAGACAAUUGGUCUCUGGGCAUUUUAACCUUCGAAUUACUUAUGGCUUACCCUCCCUUUGAAAGCGACGAUAGGGAUGAAACUUAUAGGAAAAUACGUAAAGGCUUAGCGAUUUAUCCCCCAAAGAUUGGUUUCUUAGCCAAAGAUUUUAUUUCCAAACUACUAAGAAACGAUCCCAAACUUAGAAUUACACUUAGUGAAGUGUGUGUUCAUCCAUACAUCAAAAAUAACGAUAUAGGACCCAAAGCUAUGCAAUCUCCAGAUUUUGUCAUAUAGAACACUGUAUAAACAAAUAUAUAAUACUUAA